UUGAAAGAUGGGUUUUACAAACUUGGUAGUAUUGCUCCUGGGAGUGGUGGCUCUCACCGUUCCCUCCCUUGGUACGUACGAGUCACCCAAUUAUGGGAAACCACCGGCUCCGGUUCACAAACCGCCAGAGGUUAAGCCAACACCAAUUUACAACCCACCAAAGAAGGAAAAGCCCGAGCCUAAGCCAUACAAGCCUCCUGUCUAUGAACCUCCAAAGAAACCUCCGGUGUAUGAACCUAAGCCACCAGUUCAUGAACCUCCGAAGAAACCUCCGGUCUAUGAACCUAAGCCACCAGUUCAUGAACCUCCGAAGAGACCUCCAAUGUAUGAACCUAAGCCACCAGUUCAUGAACCUCCAAAGAAACCUCCAGUGUAUGAACCUAAGCCACCAGUUCAUGAACCUCCGAAGAAACCUCCAGUUUAUGAACCUAAGCCGCCAGUUCAUGAACCUCCAAAGAAACCUCCAGUGUAUGAACCUAAGCCACCAGUUCAUGAACCUCCGAAGAAACCUCCAGUCUAUGAACCUAAGCCGCCAGUUCAUGAAUAUCCGAAGAGACCUCCAGUGUAUGAACCUAAGCCACCAGUUCAUGAACCUCCAAAGAGACCUCCAAUGUAUGAACCUAAGCCACCAGUUCAUGAACCUCCAAAGAAACCUCCGGUGUAUGAACCUAAGCCACCAGUUCAUGAACCUCCGAAGAAACCUCCAGUGUAUGAACCUAAGCCACCAGUUCAUGAACAUCCGAAGAGACCUCUAGUAUAUGAACCUAAGCCACCAGUUCAUGAACCUCUAAAGAAACCUCCAGUGUAUGAACCUAAACCACCAGUUCAUGAACCUCCAAAGAAACCUCCAGUCUAUGAACCUAAGCCACCAAAACCUCCGGUGUAUGAACCUAAGCCACCAGUUCAUGAACCUCCGAAGAAACCUCCGGUCUAUGAACCUAAGCCACCAGUUCAUGAACCUCCGAAGAGACCUCCAAUGUAUGAACCUAAGCCACCAGUUCAUGAACCUCCGAAGAAACCUCCAGUCUAUGAACCUAAGCCGCCAGUUCAUGAACCUCCAAAGAAACCUCCAGUGUAUGAACCUAAGCCACCAGUUCAUGAACCUCCGAAGAAACCUCCAGUCUAUGAACCUAAGCCGCCAGUUCAUGAAUAUCCGAAGAGACCUCCAGUGUAUGAACCUAAGCCACCAGUUCAUGAACCUCCAAAGAGACCUCCAAUGUAUGAACCUAAGCCACCAGUUCAUGAACCUCCAAAGAAACCUCCGGUGUAUGAACCUAAGCCACCAGUUCAUGAACCUCCGAAGAAACCUCCAGUGUAUGAACCUAAGCCACCAGUUCAUGAACAUCCGAAGAGACCUCUAGUAUAUGAACCUAAGCCACCAGUUCAUGAACCUCUAAAGAAACCUCCAGUGUAUGAACCUAAACCACCAGUUCAUGAACCUCCAAAGAAACCUCCAGUCUAUGAACCUAAGCCACCAGUUCAUGAACCUCCAAAGAAACCUCCAGUGUAUGAACCUAAACCACCAAUUCAUGAACCUCCUAAGAACUAAGCCACUAUAUUGAUUGGUAGAUAAGUAUUCAACACCUAAAUAAGAGCAAUUUUCAGCUCAUGUUCUAUUUUCUUUUGAGCUAUUGUUAUGAUGUAAUAUUUUCUUUGUAGUUCAGUCUUCUUGUUGUUCAAUGAGUAUCUGUACUUUUUUUGGUCAUGCAGAAUCAGCCUUUUCUUAGUUCCCAUUACGUACGUGUAGUAGAAAGGUGGCAAAUUAUACAGAGGCCAAGAUAGCUACAAUAAAUCGAGGCAACGAUUAGACUGUUACAAUGUCCAAUCUUUGUA